GGGAACCUCGGCGGGGAUUGGCGCAGCGCGCGCCCCCUCCCCGGCCCCCGCGCGGUGGGAACCGGCAGCCCCGUCUAGCGCUGACGUCAGACCGUCUGCCUGCCUCCGACCGCGGUCUCGGAGCGAAACCCGAUCUCCUUGGACUUGAAUGAGGAGGAGGCGGCGGCGGCGGCGGAGGAGGCGCUCGGCCGGGGAAAGCCAGCGGCGGAGGCUCAGCCCCGGCGGCCGCGCGCGCCCCGGCUGCCGGCCCAUUUCCCGGACGCCACCCGCGGGCGCUGCCGACGCUCCGGGGGCCGCGGAGGGGCGGCCGGGGGUGGCGGGGGACCGCGGCCCCGCGCACUGAGUCCCGCGGCGCCCCGGAAACUUGGCGGCGUCCCGAGCCUGGCGAGCCGCGGCGCGCCUUCCCCGCCGCACGCCUUCUGCAUGCGGGGCCCGAGCGCCGGGCGUCGGCCGGAGCCCCCCCCGGCCGCCCCCGCGCACCUCGCACCCCGCGCCGCGCCGCCACGCCGUCCAUGCACCGCUUGAUGGGGGUCAACGCCACCGCCGCCGCCGCCGCCGCCGCCGGGCAGCCCAAUGUCUCCUGCACGUGCAACUGCAAACGCUCUUUGUUCCAGAGCAUGGAGAUCACGGAGCUGGAGUUCGUGGAGAUCACCAUCAUCGUGGUGGUGGUGAUGGUGAUGGUGGUGGUGAUCACGUGCCUGCUCAGCCACUACAAGCUGUCCGCGCGCUCCUUCAUCGGCCGGCACAGCCAGGGCCGGCGGAGGGAAGACGCCCUGUCCUCGGAAGGAUGCCUCUGGCCCUCGGAGAGCACCGUGUCGGGCAGUGGGAUCCCCGAGCCUCAGGUCUACGCCCCGCCGAGGCCCACGGACCGCCUGGCCGCGCCGCCCUUCGCCCAGCGGGACCGCUUCCACCGCUUCCAGCCCACCUACCCCUACCUGCAGCAUGAGAUCGACCUGCCGCCCACCAUCUCGCUGUCGGACGGGGAGGAGCCGCCGCCCUACCAGGGCCCCUGCACCCUCCAGCUGCGGGACCCCGAGCAGCAGCUGGAGCUCAACCGCGAGUCGGUGCGCGCGCCCCCAAACAGGACCAUCUUCGACAGCGACCUGAUGGACAGCGCCGUGCUGGGCGGCCCCUGUCCCCCCAGCAGCAACUCGGGCAUCAGCGCCACGUGCUACGGGGGCGGCGGGCGCAUGGAGGGGCCGCCCCCCACCUACAGUGAGGUCAUCGGGCACUACCCCGGCGCCGCCGCUGCCUUCCAGCACCAGCCGGGCGGCGGGCCGGCCACCCUGCUGGAGGGGCCCCGGCUGCACCCCGCGCACCUCGCCGCCUGGAGCCCCGAGGAGAAGCAGAAGGGACACCCCCUCUAGGCCCGGCGCCGGCCGUGGUGGGUGAGAGGCACACACUCGCACUUCGAAGGAGAGAGGGGAGGCCGCCCUCCCCCUCCCCCUCCCCGUGUAUAAAUAGUCACGUGUCUGUCUGGUCCGGAUGCACAAGCUCCGAAAGCUUGCAGGACAGCCAACACACACGCGCACACACACACACAGAGACCAUGUUUCUUUGCUGAGCCCCGUCUUGAAGGCAAAAAAAGAGAAGAAACAAUUCUACCCUAGUCUUUUUUUCUGUUGCUAGUCCAGCUUCGUGAAGGCUUCCUUUCGUUUGUUCAUGACGAUUUCACUUAACUUUAAAAAGAAAAACAUAUUUGCACAAAACCUUUGUUUAAAGAUCUGCAAUAUUAUAUAUAAAAGUCUAUAUAAAGUAAGAGAAGCUGUAUGUCUGAGGGCAGGAGUAUUUUUGUAUCAGAAGAGUCCUAUUGAACACACACACAGGCCGUCUCCUGAGCGAGGAGAGGAGCGGCCGCUCGGAGGGCCGGCUCCGAGCGUGUGUAUUCACCUUGUAAAGAAAGCAAUGACAGAGCAGGGGUCUAGAGUUAUUUAUAUAAAUGUUGAGCUUUUGCACUAUUUUUUAAUAUAACUAUGUCAGUGCUUGUUGGACGGACACUUUUAUCGCAUUUGUCGAGACUCUGAGGGAGGGUUGCCGGGCAGAGGGGCUGGGACAGUGCAGCCGUCUGCCGCGGGCGCUGUGCCCGGGGCAGGCUCUCCCUCCUCACACAUUCCCGCCCGAGGGGGACACGCCUCCUCCUCGGGGCCAGAACAGCCUUUGAAUCGCAUGAAAUAGAGGCACCGAGUUCCAGGUGGUGGCUUUGCUUCCCCAAAUGAAAUAAACUGUUACUGAAGGAA